CUUUUCUUUUUUUCUUUUUUUUUUUUUUAAUUUUUUGUUGUUUUAUACAAUAUGGAAAAACCAUGUAGACCUAAAAGAAUUAAACCUUGUGAAAACUGCAGAGCUCAUCGUCGUAAAUGUGUUGCUUUUGACAAGACCUCAUGCGACCGAUGUCAUAAACUAGAAUUGACUUGCAUAUUUAAAUUUACAGAAACCACGAUUAAAGCACCCAAGCCAGUAAUCUCGACCAGCAAACGCAACAAAUUAUUUGAUGCUGUGUGGACUCUUAAAAAGGAGUCAGACAGCAUACAGUUACAACUGUCACAAUUGCAAUCGGUUUUGGACCCACGUCCCUCUUGCGGGUGUGUCGAUCCCUGUACCCAUAACUUGAAAAUACUACCAAAACAGAGCUCCUCUCGCUGGGAGGUAACCAUAUCAAGUAACCACAACGGAUUUGCUCAGUUUCAGACUACAGUUCAAUCUUUGUCGGAUCUAUCAAAGUUUCUUAAUGAGGCAGUAUCACUGCUCAAAUGCAAUGGUUAUAUUGAUAAACUAUCAGAAACAAGUGGAAAACAAGUCCUACCCGUCACUUAUAAAACACUCAAAGUAGAGGCUCUCAUACGUAAACUCAUAGGUAUUCCAAUGGGAAAUAAUUCAUGUAAAGCACUCGCUUGGAUGGAUGCAGGUCGCCGGACACAAUUGAAGAGACAAGCGAUAGACAGAUAUUUUGAAUGCAGUGGAUUAUGUGAUCCAAUUUUAAUUUAUUCAUACCAUUACCCCUUGUUAAUAGAAUCCCCAGAUUCAUUAAUUGCUACCGCCCUAGUAGCUAAGAUAGCCUAUUCAAAGUGCCAACAUAUUGAUAUGACUGGUUGCGAUUUCACACGGGCAGAAUUCGCCAGAUCUUGUCGGGUGGAAGCAAAAUCAUUGCUGGAAGAAGUUUUGUUUGAUUCUGAGCCUACACUUGAAAUUUGUAUAGCUCUAUGGGCGCUUUGUUUUAGCAGCAUGUAUGCAUUGGAGCCAACUGAAGCUAGAUUUCAGUCUAGUAUAUGCUGGAGAAUGGUGAUUCAAUUAAAACCCAAAUAUAUCAAAAUGCAACAUCCUUCACUAGAAGAUAAUAUCAAGGCUGAAUCAUGGAAACGAUUAUUUUAUAUGGCAAGAUAUACCGAAUUUAAUUUUCGUAUGUCUCAUGAUUUAGUCAGAGAUUUCACCAGCAUCGCACACGAUACAGAGAUAGGAUUACCAACCCCAUUACCCUGUGAAGCUACGGACGAUCGAUUUGUGAUUUCUGUAUUUUGUUACCGCUAUGUCACACAACUGACUACGAAUGCUGCUGGGAUAACAAAGGACAAUUUGGCCGAAAUUACUGGACUUCGGUUAUUUGCGGGGGUUAUUGAUCAAAUACAAUCAGCAGCUCUUCAGUACCAAGAAAAUACGUUACUGCAGAUGUGGCAUGGCAUACCAGAUAAUUUACGACUAGGAUGUGGACCAUUUAAAAUCACGGAAACAAAUGAAAUCAACGAAUGUCACAAUCCGUGUGUUUUACGAUUUAAUAUGGUAUUUUACAUUUAUUGGAUGAACCUUCAUUCAAGAAUUAUGAUAUCACCCCACAGUACUGAUUUGGCAGGCGCAGCAUUUAGCAGAUUUGAUGGUGACAGGUCACUCAUCGUUGCAUCCAUAAAUUCAGAUACUGCCACCAAAAUAUUUGUGGCAAUUUCUAGUAGAUAUCCUUGUGUGUUGGAAAUCCACUGGCUUACUAUGUGUAUAGAAGUCUUAACGUUACUGACCACGGCUGCCAAUGAAUUUAUCAGAAAUAGAGCAAUCUAUAACUUGGAAUUAGCAACAAAAAUUCUGAAUUUACAAUUAGAGGCGAUUGGAAAUGACCAAUCAAGACCGGACUCACCGUAUCUCGAUAAGCUUAAAGAAAUAAUCAAUACACACACAUGGCUGUAAAUAAAUGAAUACCAGAUUCUUAGGAAGUAAGUUAUUAUAAAGUAGUAGGUGAAGUAUUAGGGGGUUGAUUAUUAUUAUUAUUAUUAUUAUUGUUAUUAUUACUAUCAGUGGAUGUUAAUAUGUCAUAAUUUACGCUUGCGGUGCUACUGUAACUUGCUGUGUAUUUACUGAUGAUUUUUUUUAAAGCGACACCCAAUAUAGCCCAAGGAAAGACUUUCACAUCUUUUUCGAUAUUUCUUGGUUUAGGGUUUGGAA